UUACAGCAACCGGAGCGCGACGCGUGAUGGUGCGACAGCUUGUACGAUUUCUCAAGAUGGCUGCAAUAAUUGCCAGGUGCCGCUCGGCGGGACUGUCAGGUUUUCCUUCGACGCGCCCCAUGUGUUUCAGCUUCAUUGCCCCUGUACGCAGCAGCUCUUCGUUUACCUCAGGGUCGUGGAAUGGCCGUGGCCGGACAACGGCCACUCAAGGCAGUUGUAUCGACCACAGCGGUAGGCGUAGCGGCGGACCCAGUAUGAGCGCGGGCGCUGCCGUGUUGUCCUCCUCGACGAAGAAGAAGGUCGCGAGACCGGCCGGCGCGGCCAAGCUGGAGAGCAUCGACUUCAACCCCAGCGCCAGCAGCAGCUCGUUCACGCCGGUUGUAAUCAUGCACGGCUUGCUGGGGAACUCGCGCAACUUUCAGGGCUGGGGAGCGAAGCUCGUUAAGAGUCUGGAUCAGGAGAGAAGAGUCUUCGCGGUUGACAUGCGCAACCAUGGAGCAAGUUCUCACCACGAUAGCAUGACGUACGUCGACAUGGCGAACGAUGUUCUUGGGUUUUUGGCGGACAAGGGACUGUCAGAGGCGGUGUUGAUUGGGCACAGCAUGGGAGGAAAGGCCGCCGCCAUGACGGCGCUGCUUCACCCUCAAGUAGUGAAGGGGCUGGUCGUCAUGGACAUUGCCCCCGUCAGCUACUCGAUGGUGGACGCAACAAACUGGGGGGAAACGCAAAAGAUAAUCGAGGCCAUUCACAAGAUGCCGCUGGAAGGGGUGACCAGCAGGAGAGAUGCCGACGAGCUUCUCGCUAAGGAUAUCGUGGAUCCAGCCCUGAGAGCUUUCGCGGUAACCAACCUUGACAAGGACCCAGCUAGUGGGGGGUGGGCUUGGAGGAUCAACAUCGACGCCAUCCAGCGCUCCAUGGGGGUGCUGGCUCAAUUCGACUCGGGCAAGCGGCACCAAGAAGAGAUUGAUGGGCGCCUCAAAGGGGGUGGGAGGGGUGACGGUGAUGCGGAUGAGCUUGGGGCUUACAAGGGAGACGCCCUGUUCGUCGCCGGCGGCAACUCCAGGUACAUCCGAUCACAGCACCUGAAGGAGAUUGGCAAGCUUUUCCCGCGGUUUGUCGUCAGCACCAUCAAGGGCGCAGGGCAUUGGGUCCAUGCUGACAAUCCUACGGAGACUUUGAGGCUGGCCAAGUCCUUCCUGGACCGGCCAGAACUUGGAUAG